AGUUAGUUUGAGCUAAAAAGCACCCGAUACAAGGUCUAAUCAGCUCCAGUGGUUUCGCUAAGAACAUAAGAAUAAUCACCUGAUCUCUGUUGGCAGGAUGGAUGUCUGCUCACUAUGUACAGUGCUCCUGGUGCUUCUAGUCACCUGCUUGUUGGUUAAGUACUGGAAGAUGAUGUUGGAAAGAGACAAACUUUCCCCUGGACCAACUCCUCUUCCCAUUAUUGGAACCCUCUACAAGAUGGACAUCAGCAAUAUUGUGCAUUCACUAUUGGAGUUGCGUAAAACCUAUGGAGACAUAUUUACUAUAUACGAAGGGAACCGUCCUUGUGUUGUGCUGUGUGGAUAUAAAGCUAUAAAGGAGACUCUGACUGACAAGGCAGAAGAAUUCAGCGGUCGUGCUGAUUAUCCUUCUUACACUGACUUUACAAAUGGUGAUGAUUUGGUGUGCAGCAAUGGUGAACAGUGGAAGAAGCUGAGGAAUUUUACUCUGAUUACACUGACUAAUUUCGGGAUGGGGAAACGUAGCAUUGAGGAGCGGAUAAAGGAGGAGGCCGAGUAUCUCAUUGAUAUGCUGAGAAAAACAAACGGUUCACCAAUAAAUCCCAAACAUCAGUUACACUGCUCUGUUUCUAACAUCAUUUGCUCUGUCUUGUUUGGGAAACGGUUCGAUUAUCAGGAUAAAGACUUUCACAGCCUUAUGCAUUGCCUCCAGGACACCUUCGGGAUCAUGAGUAAUCCUUGGGGGCUGAUAUACAACAUCUACCCAAACCUCAUGAGGUACAUGCCAGGACCUCAUAAACAACUGACGAAGAAUUUUACAUUUAUAACGGACUAUAUCAGGAAAAGAGUGGAGAAAAAUAUGAAGACGUUGGACAGGAAUAAUCCCAGGGAUUAUAUAGACUGUUUCCUGAUCAAAAUGGAGAAGGAAGAGAACAAUAAUGCCACCUACUUUAACCACAACACUUUGGUUAUGGUGAUGAUGACCUUGAUCUUUGCUGGGACUGAAACAUUGGGCAAUACCAUGUGCUACCUCUUUUUACUUCUUCUAAAACACCCCAAUGUAGCAGAGAAGGUCUGCCAAGAGGUAGACAGUGUCAUUGGUGAUCGCCCACCAAAUUAUGAGGACAGACAUAAGAUGCCUUAUACGGAAGCAUUUAUACUUGAGGUUCAGCGAUAUGCUGAUGUAGUUCCAUUAGGUCUUCCACAUGUUCUGACCAAGGACACCCAGAUUCGUAAUUACACAUUUCGUAAGGGAACAAUCUUCCACCCACUACUUACAUCUGUGCACUAUGAUGAGACCCAGUUCAACACUCCCAGUCAUUUUAACCCAAAUAAGUUUCUGGAUGAAAAUGGGAAGAUAAAGAAACACAAUGCACUGAUGCCAUUUUCAGCAGGCAAAAGAAUAUGUCCUGGUAUGAGUUUGGCCAGUAUGGAAAUUUUCUUGUUUGUCACCACAAUGCUGCAAAACUUUACCAUCAAGUCACCAAUCCCCGCUGAAGAGAUCUCCGUUGCUCCAGUGGGUGUGGGUCUUGCACACAUUCCUCCCAACUAUGAGUUUUGUCUUAUACCUCGUUCCUGAAGGAAUCAUUUUGUAUAACUAUCAGAAUGUGGAUUGUAAUCAGUAAAACUUUCAUGACUGCAAGGGGCCAGUAAAGUAGAAUAUUUUCAGAUACCUAGCCAGGAUGGUUUUUGUUUUCUGUGGAUUGCAGAAAAUAGCACAAGUGGAGGGAUUAAUGAAUAAUAACUGAAUAUUGGCACUAAGGUUUGGCCAGAGAGAUUAAUUAUGAUGUUUCAAUGAUUGCACAAUGUAUGUUCUGCAUUUUGUUUAUGUAAGUUACAUGUCAAGUGUGACAAUCAUUUAUGUGUAGGAGGGAGGUAAGAUAUAAUCUCUACGAGUAUGAGGGGAACAGUAUAACUUAAAUAGCAUUUCUGAUAAUUAGUUAUUAGUUUUAUACUUUAGUUAAUAUUUUGUUUUAUUAUUCCUGUUUUUCCAAUGCAAGCAAUAAUUUUUGGGUAAAGGAAACAUUUUCCAUAGAAAUAAAGACUUAAUUUAAUAUUGCAUUUAGGUAUUAUUUUAAAUUAUAGAUGAGAGAGUGCUGGGGAGAGGUUCCAGUGGAAGGGGACAGUAUGUGGGUCUCAGGAGACUGAGAGGGAAGAUUGUAUUGGGUUAGAGGAUAUCAAACAAAUAGGAUAGACACUUGGCGCAAAUAUUUGAAAAAGAUAAUUUAAA